GGGGGCGGCCGGUUCGAAAACCCACCCUACUCCAUGUCCCACUGGCUGGAGCUGAUCACGCGGCUCAACAUAGCGUCCGAGAAGGCCAACAUCAACAACACGGCCGACGUGGGCAGCGUCGAUGGGCACUACGAGUUCGAUCCGUCGACGCCAACGCCGACCGCCUCCACGCCCACCGGCCUGAUCCGGGACGAUUUCCACCACCUGAUGACGCUUCCCUCCACCUCGAGCGAUCUGCUGUGGAGCGCGACCGGGCUGGCGGGCGUCGUGUCCUCGCUGAGCGGCGGCCGGAAACGGGGCCAGUCGCGGUACGACAAUAUCGAUGCGCGCGUGCAGGCCAUGAAGGAGGAGUUUUACGAGUACCGCAAGCGGCAGCAGCUACAGGCCGUGAGUGGAACGAGCGCGGCAGAACUCGAGAGUGCCUGCUAGUGUGUAGCUAGUGAUGCUCGGCGGAUUAGUAGAGUAAGUUUGUUGUAAGUUGUAAUGUUUUCGAAGCCGGAAAAGGUUCCACGUUCUUGCCGCGCGAGACACUGUAUUUUGUUUUCAGUGUUUCCUUUAUUCGUUCUUUGCUCUGCUGGGUCAGAUGUUGGGGUCAGACCAAACCUGGGUGGUUUGAGCGGGGACCGCUUUUGGGGUUCUGUGCAAAGCAAUAGAAAUUUGCUAUAAUUUAUACUACGAUUUUAAAGCGCAUUUGAGAGGGAAAGUGAGCGUCAACUGUUGUUAUGUUGUGAUUUGAUGUUUUAUACAUGAGGAGGAGGAAGUAAGGCGGUACUGAUCGGCACAACCGGCACAACAGCGAGGAUGUGAUGAAUGCAAAUGAAUGCAAGUGUAAAACAUGAUGAUAAACCCUAUACUAAAGGAAUCAAAUCGAGCGGUGAAGAAAAAAACACUAAUGAUGACCGACCGGGCAAAAGGUCAACGACAAUUGCGAUAAAAUUAAGUGAAUACAACAAAAAGAAGUUAUUACAAAACACGUAUAGAACGCACGCUCACCUUUACUGAUACUAAAAUCACCCAUUUCACAAGACAAAACUUAAAUGGAACAAAGCCCAUUUGUAAGCGAUAAAAAACAAACAAAACAAAACAAUUUUCUGCACAUAGAGAAGCGAUUCAAAUUGAUGAGGUAACAUGAAAAAUAGGUAACCACGUAAUUAAUAUUUAAUGUUCUUCUACCCCCCCACAAAACCAAUAUUCACCCACUCAGAUUGAAAGGAACCGUCGGCGCACGAAACAUACAUGGAUGGAUGGUAGGGGUUUGCUUGUGGGGAAUGGAAAAACGCAAAAAAACUCACAUCGCAAUCGCAUAUGAUCGAAAAUAGCGAACACGACACAACUCUCCCACACACACACAGAGACACAGAAAAAACGGCAAAGCAACAAAUAGUAGAACGUAAGCGAUUAUAAGUAAGAUAUAAUCCAGUAGUAGUAAUAGUAGUGUCACAGAAUGCAACGACAUCGCCGAAUUGCCGAAUGUGUGUCGAACACGUGGUGCAGCAAAAUGCAUUAAACAGCAGCACAGCAGCAGCAGCAGCAGCGCGCAUAACAGCAUUAACGAACAAGGCAGAGGCAUCCAACCAGCCGACCCAACCAGCCAGCAAAAACGAAGAGAAUGCAAUUAAUGGACGCUCGCUCUGGUGGUCGGCAGGCAAUGGCACCGACGUGGGAACUGUCCCCCGUCCCGUGGGGAUGGUUCUGUAUUACAAGGGUAACCCGGUUAUUCUAAACUAGCAAACGAGAAAAUGUUAAGGUGGGGAAAAACAAAUCCAAAAUUAGGUAAUUUGAAGCAUGGGGAUGUGUUGUGUUGGUUGAGCUGUUGUUGAGCACAGUGUUAGCACACAAGGUGGAUGCUAGAAUAUGGGAAGUGAUUUCUGCAGCUCCUGCAAUGCAUUAUCUCGGGUGAUUUUGGGGAGCCACCCGACUAAACACGGUGAAACAAUGAAUGGUGAUGAUGAGAUGUGCGAAUGAUCUGAUUGAAAAUAGUCGACACGGAAAAAAGGGGUUUAUUUUUUAAAAACAUUUGAAUGCAUUAUUUUGAAACCAAUACCUAUAGAGGAGGAAUGUUGUGUACACAAGGCAGCACUAGAAAAAGCAGAUAAUUAGGGAAGUGGUCGCUGGAAGGAGCAAGCUGUAAACGAACGUAUGUUUUUAUGAUAACACACAGUCCAUUAGAUAUGUGAGUUCCACACAACAAUCUGCACAAAUUAGAUCGCGUUGAACGAAAUUCUGUCUUGAAGUGUAGAAAGUGCAGGGAUGAAACGCAGAGCACUUUGGUUCAUUGUUUUGUAAUGUUUGUUAUAUUAUGAACAUUUUACCUUUUAAUGCUCGUCAGAUAGAGUGAGUAGUUGAAGUAACUAAUAGAUUUCUAUGUUCCCGUUUAUGUUGUCAGGUGGAGCAUAAACGUCUUUUUUUCAAGCAUUUAGUUUUUGGAGUCCUACACCAUGUUUCUUCGUACUUAUUUGUGCCAUGGCGCAAUAGCUUACAAGACAGAGAGAGCGAGAGAGAGCGAGUGUUUCCGUUUCGUUGUUUUUUAAGUGAUUUUGUGUUGCAAAUUACGAAACCACAACAACAACAACAAGAACAACAAUAAUAAGCAAAAUAAUUAUAACCGAAUGAUGAAGUAUUGAACUGGUUUCAGUGCUCAGUGCAGUAAAAAGGGCGUUUUAAUUAAAGAAGAAGAAGAAGAAGAAAAAGAAUGGAGGAAGCAACACGAGAAAUACCCGCGCGGAGGUUGGUUGAAACGGAAGAAGAAAAAAAAAAUCAACACUAUAACAAGCUAUAGGACAUAGCUCUAACUAGGACAGUUUAUUAUUAUUAGGUAACAAGAUCGAUGAUCUCUCUUUCUCUCAUUCGCGAUACGAAGGGCAAUUGAGGGCAAACAACACAAAAACACAUACACAAGUAAACACAUAUUCACAGGGACACAGGGACACAGGUUGGCAGGCAAGGUUGUGGGAGAGGCUUCUUUGGAACACACAAGCAGACAGGCAGGCAGGCAGUCAAAGCAUGCGGCGAAACAAACAAAAAUGCAAACGUAGAGUAAUACACACAUCUUAGUCGCUGGCGAAACAUUAAGAAAACCCACACACAACUACACAACUACACAAACACACAAACAUACAGACACAGAUCGUUUAAUCGCGUAACUUGUACAUAUUCCUUGUUCUCAUAUGAUUUCUAUAACAACAAGUAUAGAGAAAGCAGUACCGACAUACACAUACAUUCCAUUAGCUUCUAGUUUAUAUCGAGUAAGGUUUAGAAGAAACACUUAAAUAAUAACAAUUAUCGGACUAGAACAAAACAAAACAAAAAAAAUGGAAGCUAUUGAAUAUAUAACGAAUUACAAGAAAAAAAAAAAUACAAAAACCAAAAAAAGCAGAUAAUGUUUUAAAUUUUUAGAAGCUUUAAUUUGUGCGUGUGUGUGCGCGUGCGUGCGCUGCCUGUGAUGUGGGAUUGGUGCGCAUAAUAAUGAUUCAUUGUUGUUGAUUGCGUUCAUGUUUUUGCUUCUUGCCACCACAGGGCACUUUUCAUUUUUUUUUUCAAGGAAAUUAGCUUGAAGUUGAUAUUAUUUUAUUUUUAUAUUGCUUAAAUACAAAACGAGAUUCAGUUGUUCGAUGCAAACGAACAAACUUACAAACAAACAAACAGUGCAAAUCAGUUGUAAACCGGUGCGCGUUAAAUGCACACAUGCUUUUAAGUUGAGGGAAGGAAGGAAGGAAGGAAAGGUGGAAGAAGAGCAAAUUAAUUUAUUUUUUGCGGCGCAUUUAUUUAUUGAUAAAACCUGAGUGUGUGUCUUAGGUUUACUUAUUUUUUUAUUUUUCGUACUGUGUAACUCACUAUAGAUUGUAUGAUUUCUAAAGAAAAAUAAAUAAAUCUAAAAGUAAAUCACAA